CAAAUCAAGAACCGCCUCAUACACACACCAAGGAUAACGAGUCUAGCCUUUCCCUUUCAUCUUCUUGGAAUCAUCCUGUGUGUGGUCACUGUAGCUUUUGUGUUGGAAGGUUCUUGUGUGCAUGUCUUCUAUAUUGGGUAUCUCAGGCUUAGCUUUUGUGUGGCCGUUGUAGGUACUUUGGGAGCUUUGAGGUCACCACAGCGUUAUGAUGUUUCUAAUUAGCUCUUCUGUUUCUUGUUUGUGGCCGGUUGAGACUGAGAUGAGAAGAAAGCACUGAGAGCACAGAGUUUCCCCAGAUAAGUUCUUUUGUGUUUCUGAUGAUCUAGAGUUCCUCGGAUAUCUUUCUUGUUUCGAGGUUUCAGUAGCAUAUUUCCUUCUCUCUGUCCUUGCCAUGAUACAGUAGCGUAGAUCUAGGCUACUGCGAAGUAGUAAGCCUCUCUUCUUCUUCGUCGUCUUCUUGGUGGUCGAAUUAGGAUUCUGGGUGAUGGGGAACUACAGGUUUAAGCUAUCUGACAUGAUGCCGAAUGCUUGGUUCUACAAGCUCAAAGACAUGAGUCACAGAGCCAACAAGAACCGCAGCACGCCGCACCCCACGGGGAAAGGCCAGCCUUCAAGAGCAGCAACAAGCGCUACGCCGAAGCCAUUCCCGCCACCACAGACUAAGCUCCUCCCCUAUAGAGCUUCUUGCUACUACUCCAGCAGAACGGAAGCGGAGAGGUUUUCCUUCUCUCCAACUCGCACCAAGGCCUUGGACACCAAUUUCCCCGUGGAAUCACCACGGAAGUCCAAGAAGAGAAGCAGGAAGAAGCCCAUCCGAGCUCCCACCAAGCCUAAGUUGGUCACCUCCUCUGUCUCCGCUGGCUGUAGCUGCAGAGCUUGGAAGACCGAGUCCGUUCCCGACUUCCCUGAGGUGGAGAGCCCGUUGCGUCAACGCGACUACUAUAUCGACGGCGAGGAUCUCGAAUUCCGAAAGAGCAACUUCGACGACGACUACGGAUUCCAGUGUAAUGACCAGUCCUCCCGGUCGAACUCCUGUAGCUGCAGAUUUAUAUCCUCUCCGACCGAUAUCAUCAUCGAUAUGGAUACCAAGACCUCGAUCACUCCAAAACCGGAGAAGCUCGAUGAGUUCGACUCGGUCUCAGAGCGCAGACUCCCUCCAAUCAUCACCAAGCCAGCAACGAAAGAACCGGAAGCAGUCAAAUUCGAGGACAAAGAUGUGGAGGAGGACAAGAAGCAAUCCAUGAAGCCCUCUCCCGGAUUUCAUCGUCUACGAAUGCGAAACAACUCGCCACGGCUUUCAAGCAAGAAAGUUCAGGCUCACCGCAGCAGGAGGUGCACUGGGUCGACCAUGACAUCGGCCACCGCAAUGCAGAAGAGGAAGGGCUUAUCGGAGAGCUUCGCGGUGGUGAAGUCGUCGUCCAACCCUCACAGGGACUUCAAGGACUCUAUGGUGGAGAUGAUAGUCGAGAACAACAUCCGGGCAUCGAAAGAUCUGGAGGAACUGCUUGCUUGUUACCUGUCGCUGAACUCCAGGGAGUACCACGAUGUCAUCGUGAAGGUGUUCGAACAAAUAUGGUUUGAUCUCACUAACAUUAAGCUGUAGAACAUUUCGUAUGAGUCUAUAAUGUUAGAGCUAUAAGCUAUCUCGAA